CGUAAUUUUUGUUUCUUCGAUGUUAGUUCAACUUGAAACUUUUUCGCACAAUUUAACGUUUCAAUGGAAGCGGCACGCUUUUGGAUUGCAUUAAUUGUUAUAAUUCUAUUUCAUGAGACGUUAUCAGUGAAAAAAGGAUAUUACACAAUCGUUGCACCCGGAACUAUUCGCCCAGAAUCUCCUUUUCACAUAUCAUUCACACUAAAUGAUUUCCACAAAUCUUGUUGGUACAAUGUUAGUCUUAAAAAUUCAUAUGGUCCAAGUGAACUGUAUGAGUUUAAUGAUAUUGAAGUUCAACCAGGAACAACCAAAUUGAUCGAACUAAAACCUCCUUUGUUCAAUACCUCACUUUUAAACCUAGAAAUUAUUGGAUAUCGUGGUAUCAUAAGCCAAGACUCAUCUCCAGUAUAUAACGAACUACCUAAAACAUGGGCAUUUAUUCAAACUAACAAGCCCAAAUAUAAACCUGGUGAUGUGGUAAAAUUUCGAAUAAUUUAUAUCGAUCAAUUAAAAAAGCCUGGAAAAUUCAAUGGAACAGUAAAUGUUAAAAUUUUUGAUGCAGAUUAUAAUCUUUUAGGAACAUAUUUCAAUAUAAAAUUCAUUAAAGGUGUUUUCAAAGGAUUAUUUCAAAUUUCUGAAUAUCCAGUUUUGGGUCAGUGGAGAAUAUCAAUUCAUAUUGGUGAUCAAUUUAUGCCAUCAAAGUUCUUUCAAGUUGAAAGAUAUCUUUUGCCAAAGUUUUAUGUCAAAAUUGACACAAAACCAAUUUCAAUUUAUGAUGAAGAAAUGGAAGUUGAGAUUAGUGCCAAUUAUUUUUAUGGUGAACCUGUCAAAGGAAAUUUAUCAUUAUUUGUGACCAAUGCGUAUCAAAGCUCUCAAAAAUUAAAAAGGGAAUUAAGGCUCGAUGGAAAUAUCAAAAUGGUUUUUGAUUUGAAAAAUGAUCUUCAAUUGCAACCCGAUUUUUCCAAACCAUUUACUUCAAGUGAAAUUUACAAAUUUUAUGUUGAAGCUAUUGUAACGGAUUUUUCAAGUGAAGAACAAUCUUGGACAACAAAAGAAAUUCCAAUUUAUAGCCAACCUUAUAAAAUUGAAUUUCAAGCUCCGAAAAGGUUUGAUCCAGCUGAAACUAUUAAUGCAAAGGUUCAAGUUUUAAUAAAAGAUCUAGAAGGUAAUAUAAUUAAAGUACCUAAAAGUCCAAUUGAAAUAAAAAUUGGAUGUGGUGAAGCGUACAAUCCGAUUGAUUUUUUUCAAAUUGAAUACAAAAAACAAGCUGAAGAGGAUUUUGCAGUAUUAAAAAUAAAUAAUAGAAAUUAUUCCGAAUGUUUUUGGUAUGCAGAAUAUGAAGGAAGUAAGUCGGAAACAGCAUAUAUUAAGAAGAGAUUAAGUUCGUUUUACAUGGAUAUAUUAACUGAAAGUCCUGAAGAAGGUAAAGAACUCAAAGUUAAAAUCACAAAUAUGGAACCUAUUGAGGAAUUUUCGUAUGAAAUUGUUUCAAAAGAUGAUAUAAUUCAAUCAGAACAUGUUAUAGUACCCGGAAAUGAAAAAACUUACAUUUUGAGUCUUCAAAUGACAAAUGAAAUGGUUCCAAAGAUUACAAUUUAUAUUCAUCUUAUUCACAACAGUUUUGUGGGAGAGUUUAAAGAUGUUGUUGUAAAGAAGGCUCUUUUAAAUUCGAUUGAAAUAAAAACUGAUCAUGAAACCAAGCCUGGCAAAUCAGUGAGACUAAAUGUUACAACAGACGAAGGAUCAUACGUUGGAUUAAUGGCACUCGAUCGAAGUGCUUUAGAAAAUAUUGAAAAAAUGGAAAUUUUUAAUGAAGAUAAUGUAAAUUCGAAUCUCGCAAGUGUCAAUUCUGAAUACUUUUAUAACUCUCAGAUAUACUAUGGUAGAUCAGUAGCUGGUGUCAUAACUUUUUCAAAUGCUUUUCCACCAUCACAAGGUGGUGGUGGUGGAGGACAUGGAGGAUUUGUACCAAUUCCAUCUAUUCGAAAACAUUUUCCUGAAAGUUGGUUGUUUCAAGAUUUUGUUAUGACCCCAGCAGGAGGCUUGAGUUUUUUAGAUACUACACCAGAUUCUAUAACAACUUGGGCUAUAACUGGAUUCUCUAUACAUCCUAAAUCUGGAUUAAGUUUUACAAAGAAUAUAACAGAUCUUAAAGUUUUUCAGCAAUUUUUUAUUUCAUUUGAUUUACCAAGCUUGGUUAAAGAAGGUGAAAUUAUUGAAGUUCCCAUUUACAUUAUCAAUUAUAUGGAUCAAGAUGUUUUGACAAAUGUGACAAUUGAAACUGAUAGUGAAGAUCUUGAACUUCUGAAUGGUCUCGAAGGUUUGCCACAAAUGAAGCAAAAUAUUUCAAAACUUAUUCCUGCAGCAAGCAGAGACAAAAUUCUGUACUUCUUGAAACCUCUCAAAAUAGGACAAUAUAGCUUGAUUGUCAAGGCCAUUUCCCCAAUUGCAAAUGAUGCCGUUCAAAAGACCCUCAAUGUUCAAUCUCAAGGUAUACCUUAUUCAAUGUCAAAGACCUUUUUAGUUCAUCUACCAGAAGACGGCAUCCAAGAAGACGAAAUCACAAUUGACAUUCCUGAAAACGCUAUACCCGGUUCUCAAAAGGUUCAAAUCGCUGUAGUUGGUGAUAUAUUCCGACCUUUAAUGGGUCAACUUGUUAAGCAUGCUAAAGUUCCAUAUGGAAAUGGUGAAGAAAAUAUGAGAUUUAUAAUAUCUAACUGUCUUGUUUUAAAAUACAUAAAGGCUCUUAACUAUUCAAACAAAAAAUUAGAACAGAAAAUUCUUCUAAAUCUUCGUUUAGGUUAUCAGAAUCAGCUGUCUUUCAAAUAUUUAGAUGGUUCUUUUGGACUAUUUGAUCGUAAAAUCAAAAGAACUGGUGAUAUUUGGCAAACUGCAUUAGCAUUGUGGGGCUUAAAACAAGCCAAUGAAUUUAUUCAAAUAGAUUUCAAGGCUAUAGAAAAAGGUUUUCAAUAUCUUAAAUCUAAGCAACUUGAAAAUGGUUGUUUAGAAUCGAAAAAUAGCACAGAUGAAGAUGUUAAGGUGACAGCUUUUGGAAUGAUGGUGUUUUUAACAGAUCAAUAUUCAAGGCAAUCGUACAAAGAUGUAAUAAGUAAGGGUCUAUCAUAUUUAAAUGAUCUUCCUGAUGAUGAUUUGGAAUACUCUACAAUUUCUCUAUUGGCAGAAUAUGUUUUAUUCUUGGCAAAUCGUGAAAAAGCUUUGAAAUUCUUUCAAAAACUUGUUAGCAGUGGUGGAUUGAAAAGUAAAAAAAUGUUAAAGGCAAAAUCAGAAACUCUCGAAUCACAUCUUGAAACAACAGCUGCAAGUUUGAUAAAUCUUUUUGAAACACAAAAUCAAACCGAACAAAUUCCAUUGCACAUUGUUAAAGGCUUAAUUGUUUCAUCAGAAGAAGAAUCAUCUAUAAAUCAUUUAAUAGCUUUGGAAGUUAUGAUGAAAUUUAUGAAAAAAUUUGUAUUGGAUAGUAAAAAUCUAAACAUAACUUUUAAUGAUAAUCAAAAUCAAUCUGGAGUUCUACAAGUGAAUUCCUCAAACUAUCAAGUUCUACAAAGUUCUGAACUUUCAGGAUGUUCUCGAAAGGUUAAUGUUCAAAGUAAAGGUCAAGGUUUUGCAGUGGUAGACGUUAAAUAUCAAUACAAUCUUCUGCCUGAGAAUCAAUCUUCAUCGUUUUUCGCUGUCGAUAUAUCAACUAAGAAAACUUCAAAAUAUUUGGGUGUCUUGAAGAUUUGUUCAAGUCUUCUAACAAAUGAAACCGACAAUAGAUUAUAUAGAAUGGAAGUUGAUCUUCAGUCUGGUUAUAUAUUCUCUGAAAAGGAUUCUAAGGAAGUUGAAGGCCUUAGCGAAGAUAUUAAGUCACUUCAAAUUAAUGGUAGUCGAGAAAAGUUGGUAGCUUAUUUUGAAUUUGAUAAUACUAAUGAAGUUUGUAUUGAAUUGGAAGUUCGUAAGAGUUGGAAGGUUUACAACUCGAAACCUGGUUGGGUAUUUGUAUAUGAUGCAAAUGAUAAAGAUCGAAAAUCUGCUAAGAGCUUUAAGUUUGAUGAGUCCAUGUAAAACAAAGAUAAAAUUUUUGAUUUGUUUUAUAAAUAUUUUCAAUAAUAAAAAGAAUCAAAAAUCAUGAUAGAAAUUGAAUGAUAGCAUUUCUCAAAAAAAUUACUAAAAUUUGAAUCCCUUUAGCCUUUAGGAUUGCAAUGACCUUAAUUCAAAAGGCUACCUUUCAAUUUUAAUUUUUUAUAAAAUUUGGAUUACUUCAAAACCUAUGUGAUUUUUUAGAUACAUAAAAUGCACGACUGGGUCGAACAAACUUGCUCUUGGAGUUUCAGUUUGUUUGAUUUCUAAAACUUUAUAUAAUCUUUUGGUAAAUGUAAUUCAAAAAAAAAUUAGAAACAAAAAUUUCAAUUAAAAUCGAGCUUUAAUGGA